AUGCGUGAAAUCGCUCAUCUGCAAGCCGGCCAAUGCGGUAAUCAGAUCGGUGCAAAGUUUUGGGAGGUGAUUUCCGACGAGCAUGGGAUUGAUCCGACCGGUACGUACCACGGGGACUCGGAUCUCCAGCUGGAACGGAUCAACGUCUAUUACAACGAGGCGUCAGGGGGAAAGUACGUGCCGAGAGCGAUUCUGGUCGACCUAGAACCGGGCACCAUGGACGCGGUCCGAUCCGGACCGUUUGGUCAGAUAUUCCGUCCAGACAACUUUGUGUUCGGUCAGAGCGGCGCUGGGAACAAUUGGGCGAAGGGCCAUUACACAGAAGGCGCGGAAUUGGUCGAUUCCGUGUUGGACGUUGUACGAAAAGAAGCGGAGAGCUGCGACUGUCUGCAGGGCUUUCAGCUGACCCAUUCUCUGGGCGGCGGAACCGGUGCCGGUAUGGGCACCUUGUUGAUCUCGAAGAUCCGUGAGGAAUACCCGGAUAGGAUCAUGAUGACCUUCAGCGUGGUUCCCUCUCCCAAGGUAUCCGACACCGUGGUCGAGCCGUACAAUUGUACACUAUCGGUGCACCAACUGGUCGAGAACACGGACGAAUCCUAUUGCAUCGACAACGAAGCCCUCUACGACAUUUGCUUCCGCACGUUAAAGUUAACCACUCCGACCUACGGUGACUUGAAUCACCUGGUUAGCGCGACCCUAAGCGGCGUGACUACGUGUCUGAGGUUCCCAGGUCAAUUGAACGCCGAUCUCCGGAAACUCGCUGUAAACAUGGUGCCGUUUCCACGACUGCACUUCUUCAUCCCCGGUUUCGCGCCGUUGACGUCCAGAGGCUCGCAGCAGUACAGAGCUCUGACGGUCCCGGAACUCACGCAGCAAAUGUUCGACGCGAAGAACAUGAUGGCCGCCUGCGAUCCUCGUCACGGUCGUUAUCUGACAGUGGCGGCCGUUUUUCGUGGCAGAAUGUCGAUGAAGGAGGUGGACGAACAGAUGUUGAACAUUCAGAACAAGAACAGCAGUUACUUCGUCGAGUGGAUACCGAGUAACGUUAAAACCGCCGUCUGCGAUAUCCCACCACGAGGAUUGAAGAUGUCGGCGACCUUCAUCGGGAAUUCGACAGCUAUCCAGGAACUGUUCAAGAGAGUGUCGGAACAAUUCACGGCGAUGUUCAGGCGGAAAGCGUUCCUGCAUUGGUACACCGGCGAGGGGAUGGACGAGAUGGAGUUCACGGAGGCCGAGAGCAACAUGAACGAUUUGGUCUCGGAGUAUCAACAGUAUCAAGAGGCGACCGCCGAGGAGGAGGGCGAAUUCGACGAGGAGGAGGAAGGCGAGGGCGAGAACCAGUGA